ACCACAAAUUAAUAAAUUAUAUAGUUGCGCUUGCGACGCGUGUAGCCUUGCCCUUAAUGUCCGUCAAUCAUACAAUCAGUAGCACUCGAGACAUCGACGCGGGCGCAUGUCUCCCCUCCGACCGCCUUUACAAUGUGACUCGCUCAAACUGACGAAACCCAUCGAUUUAUUGACAUUUUUUUUGUGAAAGUGAACUGUGAUACACAAAACGUUACAUUCCAAAAGUGAUAAUGCGUCGUGUUAAAAUGAACAUAGACCCCGAUUUGGGGGAUCUAGAGGAGAUGUUAGCCCACGUACAAACUCAGCUGGAAAACGAGAUAGAUUUGGAGAUGGAGAGCAAAAUGACCUCGCUUAUCAACGUCCAAGAGUCCCCAAAGAUGGUUAAAAGGACUAGUUCCUUCAGCAGAGGCGAAAGUUUUGAAUACAGACGACCCGCUCCAAGACCGCCUUUAGGUAGAGUUAACAGCGAAAUCAACUCGGGCAGUAAAUCCCUUAACGGAGAGUAUGGAGCGUUAGAAAAAUACCACAAUCAAAAUGGUCGCGGGUCCCAAACAAGCUUGAAAUCAGAUGAAAUGGGUUCUCAAAUCUCUUUUCAAUCAUUUCGUUCGGAGCCUGUACGACAUUCUGUGUUAAGUCUGCCGGACAAGAGAGGGUCUUGUGCGUCUCUGAAUGGGAGAGGGAAUACUGGGAAGACUGCAACGUUGCCGAGAGGAUACGGUUCGAGUAAGGAGAAGAAUUGGGAGGAGUAUUGGGCACACGAACAAUCGAUAAGCAGCGCGCGCGCCUCCGUCAUGGUGUACGACGACGGCCUGAAGCGCUGGGUGCCGUCAGGUAGCAGCUCGGGGCUGUCCAAAGUCCACAUCUACCACCACACCCAGCACAACACCUUCAGGGUUGUUGGGAGGAAGCUCAAUGAUCACGAGGUGGUAAUAAACUGCGGCAUCGUCCGCGGUCUCAAGUACAACCAGGCGACGGCGACAUUCCACCAAUGGCGAGAUGCGCGACAUGUGUACGGACUGAACUUCUCGUGUCGCGAGGACGCGGACAGUUUCGCGAGAGCCAUGAUGCAUACACUUGAGAUCCUGGCAAACAAACCGACUGGAAACUCAGCGCCACCGCCACCACAACCGCCUAAUCCUCCUGUACCUUUUAAUGGACACAACAACACCCAACACUACGAUGAAGAUAUGGGCUACAGAACGAUGACACGCGAAGACGCCGCGAUUUUACAGCAGCCGGCAUACCACGCGCCACAGCACCAGCACCCGCAGUACCACCCGCCCAGCCAGUACCACGCGCCACACCACGCGCACCAACAACCCAUCCCGGGCGCGGGCGCGGGCGCGGGCGCCCCGGCGCCGCCCCCGCACGCCGCGCCGGCGCACGCACACACGCACACGCUGCCGCACCAGCCCUCGCAGCCCGCGCACACACACCAUCGCACCUCCAGCGCACCGAUGCCGCCUAAUAUGUGCCUGACAGCAGCGAACAACGGGCCGCCCGCGCCACCGCCUGUACCGCCGCAUCAAAAUCUACCCGCACCUAAUGGUCCCGUAGCGCCACCGACGCCCCCGGCCGCGCCUCAACCUCCUCCAGCGCCGGCAGCCCCGCCAGCGCCCCCCGCCCCCUCCGCCGCGGGCCCGCCCCCGCCGCCGCCCCCGCCGGGCGCCGCCCCGGCCCCCGCCGUGGCGUCCCCGCCGCCGCCGCCGCCACCCCCGCAGCCCGCGCAGCCCGACCUAUCUGGGCUGGCUGCACAGCUGCAGCAGGCGAGACUCAAGCGACAAGCUAAGCAAGCAGUUACACUCGCAGCGAGUGCGGACGCGUCCCCUCCCGGUGGCGCGGAGCACUCGGGCUCAUCAUCCAGCUCGGGCGGCAGUGCGCGCGGCAACAACAACAUGCACUGCAUGAUGCACGAGAUGCAACGCACGCUGGCCCGCCGCCGGGCGCACCUGGACCGCGCCGAGGAGUCGUCAGGCGAUAACAGCGCCAACUCUACACCCCUGAAAACAUGGGAGCGCGCCGCCACGCUACCACACCGCCUUCCCAACACCUGUAAUGGCACUACGCCCAACUCCGAGUCGCCAGCAACGCAAGCGCCGCAGUCGCCGCGCUCGGUGCGCAAGCGCUUCGGAUCCGCGAGCGAGGAGACUAUACUUAAGCAAGUGAACGGCGGCGGUGAAGGCGGCGGCUACGUGUCAGCAGCCGAGUGGGAAGCUUUCAAGCAAGACAUGCUGCGUGAGAUGCGCGCGCAGCUCACACAGAUCAAGCGCGAGAUACUCGACGCCAUGAAGGCGGAAUUCGCGCGCAGGUAAAGCACGCCACGACGCAUCGAGUGUUAACUAGUCCAUCGCAGCCGCAUACUGGUGAACAACGUGUUUUGGCCCCCUCCUUCCUACUCCACAAGAGCAGGACAACCGUAUGUUCGUGAAGUAAGGAAAAUACGGUGUUUUUAUAUUAGUUUUUUCCAUUGCUAUCUCCAGUCCAUGUACAGCGAAUGAUAAUAAGAAAACGUAUUAAUAAAAGAUCGUCGAUUAGCCACAGUCGAAAGAGGAUUAAAAUUGGUUAUACGAUGCGAUUCGAUUGCCUAUGUAAAAUAGAAAUUAUUGAGAAAUUAACGAUUAAUAUUUAAAACUGCGUAUUGAUUGUAUGUAAAGAGAUGUAAAGAACAACGCUUGCUCUCAAUGCUUUGUGAUAUUUAUCACUUGUACAUCUAUUACACUCGUGUUUUGAUCUAUUGUAUAUUGAAGCGUCAAUGUCACUGUGAAACGUGAUGACUGAGAAUAAACCCUAUAAAACUAGCCUGAUUUACUAUAUUUCGCCGGUCUAUGGUCUAUUAUUAUUAUUAUAUAUGGGCGGUUGACUUGUUCACCAGUAACCGCGGUAACUUGUGAUCGUAUGACGUAUGUUCGUGUAAUGUUAGUUGGCACCGCGGACUCUGCCCUUACCGCGAAAUCUGUAUCCUCUGUCACUCCAUAAAAAACGAUAGAUAGUUAAAAUACGGGUCUCGUGAUAAGGCGCCAGAGGUUUAGAGCAUUCAGUAACUAAUUAAAAAAACGAUUGUAGUAAAUACUAAAAGUUCUAAGUCCGCGGACGACGUUGCCUGUUAAUUCGGUCUAUAAAGCCAUUCAGUGUGAUUUUAUUGUGUAACAAUAUUUAAAUAUAAACCAGUAUAAAAAAAUAAUGGUUUAAUGUUAUAUGAUAAAAUCGUUAGUAUCCUAUCGAGCGAUUAAUAAUAAAUAAUGUAGAAUUAGCGCACGAAUAUCGAAGCAGAAAGCAAGUUGUGUUUUUUUAAUUUUAUACUUAAAUAAAUAUUUAUUCGGAUACGUAUAAUGUACGUAGUUAUAAUAUAAGGGUACGGAGACGCCCUAGCGACAUUUACUAUUGAUUAUUGUUAUUUCCAACCCUCUUUUGUACAAAUGUCUUAUUCACUAAUUUAAGAUUGUAAUAUAUAAAAUAAUUCCAACGCACACUUAGCGUCAUGUAUCAUUCACUAUUCGUAUAUUAUUAAAACUAUACUCCUAGCCCAUCUGUAUGUGCAUCUUCGUCUUUUGUAAAUGAGAUAUAAUUUAUUAUAAAUUCUUUACAAAAUCAAUAGUAAAUAUUGCAAGGAGCUUAAAGUAUGUGUAAUAUUCAUUUAGCGUCAAGUUAUACCUAGUAUUAUUCGAUAUUUAUUGACUAUAAACGCGUAUUUUGUACGCGUCACCUAGUUAUAAAUACUUUAUACAUAAUGUGUAAUGAAUGUAUGUUACUGGUUUUUUUACUCCAUUGCCGGUAUUUUAUAUAAACGUAACAUUGACAUCCAAAUCUUCCCAUAAUAGUGUUAAGUCUUCCAUAAAACAUAAGUUACAGCAGUCUUUCAUAGAGAAAUUACCAAAUGGCACGCAUAUAAUAAUCUUACUUAUUUAGUAAACUGCUUUCUUACCUAAAAAUACAAAUGUGGAUAGUAAGUAGCUACUUAAAAAAAUCACUUACCUUAUACUAUCCUGAGACAAAAAGUUGUAUUUGCCAGAAAAUAUUAUGUCCUGCCCUAUUUCUAACCAACCAUGGUCGCAAGAUAUGUUUUUAAAUAAUAACUGCUUGUAAAUUCAGAUUUUUAAAGUGGUUUUACUAAUCCAAUUUUUAAACAAGCAGAUUUAGUUUAUGGGAAUUUAUUUUGAAGGUCAAUUUUAUAUAAAAAGCGGAUCUCAUUUAAAUAAAAAAAUAGAACAAGCUCUUUUUAAUACGUUGGCAUUAAAAUAUGUUACGUUCGAGUAUAUUCAUUGCCGUUUAGAGUCUGCUUAAGGCUUGUGAUUUUUUUUUAACUUAUCCAGUUGUGUAACAAGUACAUUCAUAGGCCAAACUAGACUAAGUGCUUUGUAGAUUCCUAGGCAAGCUUCUAACUUCCGGCAAUGGACUAAACAAACUCAUAUUACGAAAAUGUAUCACAUAUUAUUAAAAAAACGACGAAAAUUCAUAAGUACAUUGCGGUACAGUUUUUUUUUUACUGAAAAAAUCGGCUCGAGGCACGACCCUUUUAGUUUUUAAGAGUACUUUAAAACUGACUGAUAUAUCAUUCCACUAUAAAAUGCCAGGCACAAUCGGCCUAUUGAUUUCUCGUACAAAACGAACACCAUGCAAUUUAGAA